CCGCGGUCAGCGUUUUUUUUUUUCUGACCGGGUCACGUUUCUUCUGUCCAGUCCCCAGCGGCGCAGACAGUUGGGCAGAAAAAGAAGGAUUUUCUUUAAGAGAAGAUCGGGAGGAAACUGCUCGGGGAAGGAAACCGACCGCAGAGAUAUCCAGUGAUGGUCUGCAGUAGGAACCAGAGAAUGUGGCUUCAGCUACGAUCCCCCCCACUUCUCACGAGUCUUUGACACUGUGGAUGAACAUCAGACUCAUUCCUGCUGUAAUGGAGAAUCCCAGCCUGCUGUCCCUCAUUGUGGCCUUGCUGGGUUUUCUGAGCCCAUGUCUGACAAGACUGACUCCCAGAGUCUCCUUCCCUAAGGGAAGUCCUGGGAGACACCUCACCCGCUUCAGUAGCCAUGAUGUCAGCAACAGCACCACGCUGCUGCUCAGUGAUGAUGGAGACAUGCUGUAUGUCGGAGCCCGGGAUGCUGUGUUAGCACUGGAUGUUAGCCACAAGGACUCCAUCAUACUGAGGAGUAAGUUGGACUGGAGCCCUUCAGAGAAAGACCUUGAACAAUGUUCCAUGAAAGGCAAGAAAAUGGUCGACUGUCCCAAUUUCAUCCGUGUACUGCAGUUCUUGAACACCACCCAUAUCUACGCCUGUGGAACAUUUGCCUUCAGUCCCCGCUGCACCUACAUUAACUCUGAGACGUUAACGAUGAGCCUCAAGCCUGAUGAAGGAAGAGGUCGCUGCCCCUAUGACCCUUACCAACGCAACACUGCUAUCAUCGUAGAUGGAGAGCUUUACACGGGGACGGUGGCAGACUACAGGGGGAACCGGCCGGUCAUCUCCAGGCACCUCAGUGAGGGCCGGCGUGUUGACCUCAAGCUGGAUGAUACAUUAGGAUGGCUGGAGGAUCCAACCUUCAUCAGCUCCAGUUUCAUUCCUGAUGAGGAGAAAAUCUACUUUUUCUUCAGUGAAGUGGGCAGAGAGUACGACUUCAUCGACAAAUUUAUUGUUUCUCGUGUUUCUCAGAUUUGCAUGAGUGAUGUUGGAGGUCAGCGCACGCUGCAGCGCCGCUGGACCACAUUUGCCAAAGCUCAGCUGUUAUGCCAGGCUGACAGUGAGCUGCCCUACAAUGUGAUCCAGGACAUGGAUAUCCUCCCACCAGCAGAGGGAGCUCCUUCAGAUGAUACACUCUUUUAUGGCAUCUUCACAUCCCAGUGGUCUGUCAACUCUGGGCGGUCAGCAGUGUGUUCGUUCCGCUUGACUGACAUCAAAUCAGUUUUCUCGGGUAACUACAAAGUCCUAAACCGGGACACAUUACAGUGGAGCACACGGGUUCAAGAGAAGGUCGCAAAUCCAGGAGAGUGUGGCCUGCACAACGCGUCUGACAACGCCCUGCGCUUUGUCAAAGAAAACUUCCUGGCAGACGACAGUGUGCGACCAGUAGGAAGAAGUCUGACCAUGGUGUCUGCUGAGCACAACUACAGCCAUCUGACUGUACAGAGAGUCCAAGCUGCCAACAACAGAGACUACACUGUCCUGUUUCUGCUCACAGAGUCUGGUUAUCUACACAAAGCUGUGCUGCUGCCAACUGGGGCACACAUUAUAGAGGAGGUCCAGGUUUUUGAGCAGCCUCAGCCGAUCAAAAGCCUGAAGCUGUCCGUAGCCAAGGGUCUGAUAUACGUUGGGACAUCAGAGGGUUUGGUGAGGGUCCCUACAGCCAACUGCUCCUUCUACUGGACCUGUCCUCAGUGUGUUCUGGCCCGAGACCCCUUCUGUGGUUGGGACCCUGCCAGCAGGGCCUGUGUGGAGGCCUCCAACCACCAGACCAGUCUAGGCCAGGACAUAGACAAAGGGAAUGUUGAAGAGGCGUGCAACAGUGUUUCAUUUACACAUAGAGCCAGAUUUGGUCUGCCUGCAGCCUCAUGUCCUGCAGGUGAGCUGGUGUCGGUGUCUCUGAAUGAAGUGGUGCGGCUCCAGUGUCCUGCCGCCUCGCAGCUCUCCCAGCAGCUGUGGGAACGUCCCAACAGCCGGCUGUCCUCAGACCUGUACCUGCACCUGGACGACGGGAGUCUGAGUUUUGUGGCCACCCCCAUCACAGUGGGCCACUACCUCUGCCUGUCCACUGAGAAUGGCUACCAACAGACUAUGGCCAUCUAUCAUGUCAAACAGAAGAGCAGCCCCAUUGCUCAAAGUCCAACCAACUACACCCGGCCUCAGGCGCCCCCUAUACCCACCACUAAGGCUGUGGCCAGACCAGGGCCUGGACUGCUUCCCUCUUUGGGGACUUUGCCAAAAAGAACAUCAACAAGACAAGGAGAGACUGAGCCAACACUGUCCAGCAGGGACACUCAGGUCACCACCGGACAGCGGGGGAGAAACACGAGCCAAUGGACGGAGGAGCCCGGGCAUAAAGAGGCGGGGUUUCGGGAUGGAGAGCUCCUGAUGUCGGCCCGAGGCCCCUGCUACCUAAAAGAGCUGGUUGUUGUGUCAGUUCUGCUUGUGCUGUGCCUCAGUCUGCUCAUCACCAUGCUUCUGUAUGUCAUCAGAAAGCGAUGCCGCAGCCGAACGGCCCCACAUGCUGGAACUCCAACCAGAGACUCUGACAGAAGGACCCCUGUGGAGCAGGAGGCCCUCAGGGGGAACCAGUUUCAGAGCAAGCGCAAUGGACAAGCUCUGCACAGCGGACAGGCCAGUGGCUUCGUCUGUAACGGGGCACUCACAGGCUCUAAUGGGCAUUUGCCCAACACCCCCAUCUGAACAGUCAGAGACCAGAGGUGGGAGGGGGGGCAUCCCAGUUACCAGAAUUACCAUGGUGACUGCCACUGUGGAGUCUGAUCCUGAUUGUUAGGAUCUGGAUCUAAGACGAUGAAGGACUUAUCCUGUGGUACUUAAAUGGACACACAUGACUGUUGAGAUGGGACUCUUUGUUGUUGUUGCCAGACACUGAAACACAUGUGCUGUUUUGUUCUAAAUGUUCACUGAUAAUGUGUGUUCACUUACUAGACAGAAAGGAACAAGCUGAUCACAUACAGCUGGUUCUUUUCAUAUUCUCAGAGAGUAGUCAGUGCCACAGAUAUGAAUCUCUUUUUACGAGAUUAUUGCUUUUUCAAGAGAAAAAACAUAAACAGAAUGUUAGAUUUCAAAUGUCCUCUUAUUUCCAAAAGAGACAUCAACCAUCUCCGAACCACACACGUUAGAUACAGACAUGGCUGUGUGUGCAGCUCUGCUGAUUUGCUUUGUCAAACACAUCUUAAAGGAAACAUGCCCGGGUUAUGUUGAGUGUGAUCUUUCUAUAACAUAAGUGGGUGAAUGAUCAUACACAAAUUGAUCCGGACUUGGAAAAGCCCUCAGCGGCGUGUCCAAUAGGCCUGCUUUUCUUUUGUUUGUGAAAUGGUACUACACACAUAAUGGGAAUGUGCCUUGUCUACAGUUGAGGUGAAGCUUUGGUGGAGCUGUUUGUCCACUCUUACUGAUUUCCUGUGCGUCAUACACACUGAGCCAUGUGGACACAACAUCAGUAAACAUGCAGCCAUAUCUUCUCACAUACAGACACAGUGCUGUCACUAAGGGUUUUUACAUACACAUGAAUAAAGAGGUUAAAG